AUGUACGCCAGCGCUAAGAAAGGCACGAGCCCCCACAGCGGCUGCACCCCGGUGCCCCUCGUCGUCAUUAUGGGAUACCCGAUCAUCACACAAGAGAACAGUCCAAGGGUAGCGGUGUCGCCUCGGACCAACGCCAAGAGCGCAGCUCCCACGGAAAAGAAGCUUCCGGCGAUAACAUGCGUGAUCUUACUUCCGAACACCUUUGAGACCCUCCGGAAGUACGUUUUGAGCUCGUCGGUGUCCACCGAAUCCUUCCACGGGGGAGGCCAGGGCUUGUCGCAUCGGUCCGAGGGAGAGGAUUUGGAUGUGGCGCAGACUGCGCGUUGCCAGAGCCCUCGCGCGAGCUCUCCAGGGUACAUCAACACCCUCGCCGCGUCCCCCGGGUCAUCUCCCCGCUUCGCGCUGAGCACAAACUGCGAAGCAACCGCGGCAACGGGCGUGAACGGCCUCACAUCGUCGCCGCCCAAACUCAUCAGGGGCACCCUGCGGAUGGAAACACGAAUUGAGUAA